GCGCCCCGCGUGGAAACUCUCGCUUAGCGCUUUUCCACUCCGCGAGUCGGAGCCGCCGCUUGCUAAGGCUGCGCUGGUGGGCAGUUUCCCUUCUGUCCUCCCUCCAAGAAAAGAAAAGCCAGAGCAGCAAAGCUUGGCGCUGGGGAUCGGGAAGAACCGUCUCUCCCCCCUGCAAACCAGAAUUGUCAUGUCACCUUUCCUGAGGAUUGGGCUGUCCAAUUUUGACAGCGGCCCCUACCUCCCUUCGCAAGGAGACGUGGUCGAUCCGUAUUGCGCCGUGAUGGUGAAGGAGGCGGUGGAGGCUGAGAAAGGCCCAGUGUUUGUGCAGAAGAAGCCAACAAUGUACCCUCCCUGGAACAGCACUUUCGAUGCGCACAUCCACCGGGGCCGCGUCAUGUACAUUGUGGUGAAGGACAAGAGCGCGGAGAUGGUCUCAGAGACCACCGUGGAACUCAACCUGGUUGCUGAAAAGUGCAAGAAGAAUAAUGGGAAAAUUGAAAUUUGGCUGGAACUAAAACCCCAAGGAAGGAUGUUAAUGAAUGCAAGAUACUUUUUGGAAAGUACCGAUGAUCCAGAGUUUAUCGACUGUGAAAAGGAGGGUUUUUUCUCGCUGCAUCAACGGAGAGGAGCCAUCAAGCAAGCGAAGAUUCAUAAUGUCAAGUGCCACGAGUUUACAGCCACUUUCUUUCCCCAGCCCACUUUCUGUUCUGUUUGCCACGAAUUUGUCUGGGGCCUUAACAAGCAAGGUUAUCAGUGCAGGCAAUGCAAUGCUGCGAUUCACAAGAAGUGUAUUGACAAAGUCAUCGCAAAGUGUACCGGAUCAGCUAUUAACAGUAGAGAAACUAUGAUCCACAAAGAAAGAUUUAAGAUCGACAUGCCCCAUCGCUUCAAGGUAUACAAUUAUAAAAGCCCCACCUUCUGUGACCAUUGUGGAACACUGCUCUGGGGCCUCGCACGGCAGGGCUUAAAAUGCGACGCCUGCACGAUGAACGUCCAUCACAAGUGCCAGACCAAAGUGGCGAAUCUUUGCGGCGUGAACCAGAAACUCAUGGCGGAAGCCUUGGCGCUGAUCGAGAGCAGGCAACAAGCCCGAAGUCUGCGUGAUUCAGAGCGGAUUUUACGAGAAGGACCGGUUGAAAUCUCCUGUAUGAAAGAGGAGCCGCUUAGCCCUUCUGUGCCCCCAACAGGCAGAAAAGAACCACAAGGAAUUUCUUGGGAAUCCCCAGCAGAUGACAUCCCAGUUUCUGAUUCUCCGGUGGAACUGGAACUGAGGAAAGACAUUCAAGUAGAAUUGCCAAAAUUAACCAUCGAUGAUUUUUACUUGCACAGAAUACUGGGGAAAGGAAGUUUUGGCAAGGUUUUCCUUGUCGAACUCAAAACCACGAACCAGUUUUUCGCCAUGAAAGCCCUGAAGAAGGAGGUGGUUCUGAUGGACGACGACGUGGAAUGCACCAUGGUGGAGAAGCGUGUCCUCUCGCUGGCUUGGGAGCACCCAUUUCUCACCCACGUCUUCUGUACUUUCCAAACUAAGGAGAACCUGUUCUUUGUAAUGGAGUACCUCAACGGAGGAGACCUCAUGUUCCAUAUUCAGAACUGCCACAAAUUUGAAAUGGAACGAGCAAGGUUCUAUGCUGCUGAAAUUAUUUGUGGGCUGCAGUUCCUCCAUUCCAAAGGCAUCAUAUACAGAGACCUCAAGCUGGAUAAUGUUCUCCUUGACAAAGAAGGCCACAUCAAGAUUGCUGACUUUGGCAUGUGCAAAGAGAACAUGUUAGGCAACGCUAAAACGAGCACCUUCUGUGGGACGCCGGAUUAUAUUGCCCCUGAGAUUCUUCUUGGGCAGAAAUACAACAUGGCGGUUGAUUGGUGGUCCUUCGGGGUCCUUCUGUACGAGAUGCUGAUUGGCCAGUCCCCCUUCCAUGGCCAGGAUGAAGAACAGCUCUUCCAGUCCAUCCGCAUGGACAGCCCAUUCUACCCCCGCUGGCUUGACAAGAUUGCAAGGGACCUCUUAGUAAAGCUUUUCGUUAGAGAACCGGAGAGGCGGUUGGGAACCCAAGGGAAUAUUCGACAGCAUGCCUUCUUUCAAGAUAUCACUUGGGAAGCUUUGGAAAGAAAAGAGAUUGACCCGCCUUUCAAGCCUAUCGUGAAAUCGCCAGGAGACUGCAGCAACUUCGACAAGGAAUUUCUCAACGAAAAUCCCCGCCUCUCCGUCGGAGACCGGACCCUCAUCAACAGUAUGGACCAAAACAUGUUUAGGACUUUUUCGUUUACCAACCCCAUCAUGGAGAAAUUGCUAUCCUGAGGAACGACCUACAAUAGAGGCAUCCUUUAAGCCAACCCAGAGACAGUGGGACGUGACUGCCAGGGCUGGUUUGCACCUCUGUCUACAUCUUCCCUACUCUGAACUUGCAACUUCUGAGAGUGCAAAAAUUGGUGGGAUCCUUGCACUCUGUGUAUUCUCGUUCACCGGGCAACCAGGAGGAUAGGAGGACCUGCUUUGAGAAGAAGACUUGAAGUGUUUCUGACCCAGCUCCCCAAACACGACAAACCCUCUGCAGUGAACUUAAAAGAUUCCUUUCUUGGGAAAAUGCCGGCAGCCCCGGUAAAAAGUUUCUCUCUCAGGCUAACAAGUCUGUCCAUCCGGAAGAUGAAUAGUUAUUAUUAUUAUUAUUUAUGGAAUUUGUAUACUGCCCUACUCCCGAAGGACUCAGGGCGGUGAACAGCCAGGUAAAAUACAUAUAAUACAAAUGUUAAAAAACCAUUAAAAUACAAUUAAAUAAUUGGCCCGGAAAACAAAAUUUAAAACACCCCAAAUUCAUAAAACAAAUUUAAAAUUGAAGAAUUUUAAAAGUUUAAAAAGUUUAAAAGAGAGGUUAGGCCAGGCCGGCCUGCUGGAAAAGAAAUGUUUUGAUGGCACGGUGAAAAGCGCGCAGGUCCGGGAUCCUCCGUAUCUCCGGAGGGAGCUCGUUCCAGAUGGCGGGUGCCCCCACAGAGAAGGCUCUCCCCCUGGGGGCCGCCAGUCGACAUUGUUUGGCCGACAGCACCUUGAGGAGCUCCUCUCUAUGGGAGUGUACUGGUCGGUGAGAGGCUACUGGUGGCAGAAGGCGGUCUCGUAAAUACCCCGGUCCUAAGCCAUGGAGCGCUCUAAAGGUGGUAACCAAAACCUUGAAGCGCACCCGGAAGACCACCGGGAGCCAGUGCAGCUCGCGUAGGAGGGGGGUCACAUGGGAG